UGUCCGCACUAUAGAGGGAAGAUGGCGGCGGCGGCGGUACUACCUGCUGAUUGGAUAAAGAAUUGGGAAAAAUCCGGAAAAAACGAUUUCAUACAGUUGUGUCGCAGCCUCAGUGAAAAAGGACAAGAAAAUGUGACCUUCAAAGAAACCCAGCAGGUUCUUUAUGAGCUUGCUUGCCAAGUAGUUAAAGGAAAUCUGAAGCAGGAACAAGCUGCCGUGGUUUUCACAGAUAUCAUAGAUAUGCGAGAAGACAUGCCUUCGAUUUUGGCAGAUGUAUUUUGUAUUUUAGAUAUUGAAACGGGCUGCUUUGAAGAAAAAUGGAGACGGGAUCAUUUUACCCAGCUGGUCUCAUCUUGCUUGUAUCUAGUAUCUGACAGCAUUCUUAAGGAACGCUUAGAUCCCGAAACACUGGAAUCCCUUGGGCUCAUUAAACAAUCCCAACAGUUCAACCAGAAGUCUGUAAAAAUAAAGACUAAACUUUUUUAUAAGCAGCAGAAAUUCAAUUUAUUGAGAGAGGAAAACGAAGGAUAUGGAAAAUUGAUUGCAGAGCUUGGACAGGAUUUGUCUGGGAGUAUAACAAGCGAUUUAAUCCUGGAAAAUAUCAAAUCCCUAAUUGGAUGUUUUAACAUUGAUCCAAAUAGAGUAUUGGAUAUUAUCUUAGAAGUUUUUGAGUGCAGACCAGAUCAUGAUGAGUUCUUUGUACCCUUAAUUGAAUCAUAUAUGGGUAUGUGUGAGCCUCAGACAUUGUGUCACAUCCUGGGAUUUAAAUUCAAGUUUUACCAGGAACCCAAUGGAGAAACCCCUUCAUCUUUGUACAGAGUUGCAGCAGUUCUCUUACAACAAAAUCUUAUUGAUUUGGAAGACCUCUAUGUACAUCUUCUCCCAUUGGACAGCAGCAUUCUUGAGGAGCAUAAGAAGGAGGUUAUAGAAGCCAAACAGAUUGUCCGAAAACUAACCUUGGUAGUUCUCUCUUCUGACAAAAAUGAAGAUAAAGACAAGGAAAAGGAGAAAGAUGAUGAAAAAAAUGAAAAGGCUAUUGACAACCAGAAGCUUGGUUUACUUGAAGCACUACUGAAGAUUGGAGACUGGCAGCAUGCUCAGAAUAUAAUGGAUCAGAUGCCGCCUUUUUAUGCCACCUCCCAUAAAUCAAUUGCAAUAGCGCUGUGUCACCUUAUUCAUAUAACCAUCGAUCCUCUCUAUCGAAGGGUGGGAGUGCCGAAAGGUGCCAAGGGAUCUCGUGUUUACCGUUUGCAUAACAAGAAAGCACCAAAACCAGUGGAAUGCUUUGAAGAUAUGAGAAGAGAUGUAUUCAACAUGCUUUGUUCCCUUGGUCCACAUCUAGCACAUGAUCCCAUUUUGCUGGCAAAAAUUGUUAGACUUGGCAAAGCUUUAAUGAAGGAGUUUCAAUCUGAUGCAGGCAGAGGAGAAGAUAAAGAAAAAAUGGAGAUUUUAUUCAGCUGCCUGCUAAGCAUUACAGACCAGGUGUUACUUCCUUCUUUGUCAUUAAUGGAAGGCAACGCAUGCAUGUCUGAGGAACUCUGGGGCAUGAUGAAAACUUUUCCAUACCUAUACAGGUAUCGUCUGUAUGGGCAAUGGAAGAAUGAAACGUACAACAGUCACCCAUUACUGGUCAGAGUUAAAGCACAAACCAUUGAUAGGGCCAAAUAUAUUAUGAAACGUCUAACUAAAGAAAACGUGAAGCCAUCAGGACGGCAAAUAGGAAAACUAAGCCAUAGCAAUCCAACUAUUUUGUUUGACUACAUUCUGUCACAGAUUCAGAAGUAUGACAAUUUAAUAACACCUGUUGUGGACUCGCUGAAAUACCUCACGUCCCUGAACUAUGAUGUCCUCGCAUACUGUAUCAUUGAAGCGCUUGCAAAUCCGGAAAAAGAAAAAAUGAAGCAUGAUGACACCACAAUCUCCAGCUGGUUACAGAGCCUUGCUAGCUUUUGUGGGGCAAUUUUUAGGAAAUAUCCCAUAGAAUUGGCUGGCCUUCUGCAGUAUGUAGCAAACCAACUGAAAGCUGGCAAAAGUUUUGAUUUGUUAAUUCUAAAAGAGGUGGUACAAAAGAUGGCGGGGAUUGAAAUCACCGAAGAAAUUACAAUGGAACAGCUAGAAGCAAUGACUGGUGGAGAACAACUUAAAGCAGAGGGUGGUUACUUUGGUCAAAUUAGAAACACCAAGAAGUCUUCUCAACGUUUAAAAGAUGCUUUACUGGACCACGAUUUGGCCCUUCCUUUAUGUCUGCUGAUGGCCCAGCAGAGAAAUGGUGUGAUAUUUCACGAAGGGGGAGAAAAGCAUUUGAAGCUAGUGGGAAAGUUGUAUGAUCAGUGUCAUGAUACAUUAGUACAGUUUGGUGGCUUUUUGGCAUCUAAUCUCAGUACAGAAGAUUACAUAAAACGAGUUCCAUCAAUAGAUGUCUUGUGCAAUGAAUUUCACACCCCACAUGAUGCUGCAUUUUUCCUGUCCCGACCUAUGUACGCUCAUCACAUCUCAUCAAAAUAUGAUGAGUUAAAGAAGACUGAGAAAGGAAACAAACAGCAACAUAAAGUGCACAAAUAUAUCACAUCCUGCGAGGUUGUGAUGGCUCCAGUUCAUGAAGCUGUAGUUUCCUUACAUCCUCCUAAAGUAUGGGAUGAUAUAAGCCCUCAAUUUUAUGCCACUUUCUGGUCUCUCACAAUGUAUGACCUGGCUGUUCCAUCCUCCAGCUACAACAGAGAAAUAAAUAAAUUGAGAGUACAGAUGAAAGCCAUUGAUGACAAUGCUGAAAUGCCUCCAAAUAAAAAGAAGAAAGAAAAGGAAAGAUGCACUGCUCUGCAAGAUAAGCUCGUGGAAGAAGAGAAGAAGCAGUCAGAACAUGUAAGCAGAGUUCUGCAAAGGAUGAAACUGGAAAAAGACACCUGGCUCUUGGCCCGAUCUACAAAGAAUGAAACAAUCACCAAAUUUUUGCAGCUUUGUAUAUUUCCUCGAUGUAUUUUCUCUGCAAUUGAUGCUGUAUACUGUGCUCGCUUUGUGGAGCUUGUACACCUGCAGAAAACCCCCAAUUUUUCUACUCUUCUGUGUUAUGAUAGAGUUUUUUCAGACAUUAUUUACACCGUGGCCAGUUGCACUGAAAAUGAAGCCAACCGCUAUGGAAGAUUCCUGUGCUGUAUGUUGGAGACGGUUACUAAGUGGCACAGUGAUCGAGCAGUAUAUGACAAGGAUUGUGGAAGCUAUCCAGGAUUUGUGACAAUAUUAAGGGCAUCAAAUUUUGAUGGUGGUAACAAGGCUGAUCAGCUGGAUUAUGAGAACUUCCGUCAUGUGGUUCACAAAUGGCAUUAUAAAUUAACAAAGGCUUCAGUUCAUUGCCUUGAAACUGGCGAGUUUACACACAUCAGGAAUAUUCUUAUUGUGCUCACUAAAAUAUUACCAUGGUAUCCCAAAGUCUUUAAUCUGGGACAAGCUCUGGAGCGCAGAGUGCACAAAAUCUGUCAAGAGGAGAAGGAGAAACGACCUGAUCUUUAUGCAUUGGCCAUGGGCUACUCUGGACAGUUGAAAAGCAGGAAACCUUUCAUGGUACCCGAGAAUGAAUUUCAUCACAAAGAUCCUCCUGCCAGGAGUGCCAUUCCAGCUCCAGCACAGAAUGGUCCGGGUACAGUCAGUCAAUCUGCGUCAGUCAUGGUAAACGCAACUAAGCCUGAAGAAAGCACUGCUGAGGAUGCUGAAAAAUUAAAAGACAAAUCUCAGAGUGCUGCAAAAGUUGUUACCAAGACUGGUAGUGCAACACCAAAAGUUACUACAAACAAUGGAAACAGCUCCUCAAACAGCAAAGUUACUAAAGAAAAAGAAGACAAAGAUAAAACUGGUAAAGAAAAAGAGAAAGACAAGAAGGAGAAGACUCCAGCUGCCCCACAAGAGACCAAGGCACCAGGAAAGGAUGGCAAAGAUAAAACAAAGGAAGAUCGGGCAAAUAAAGAUGAAAAGCUGAAAGACGUCAAAGACAAAACGCCGAAAUCCGAUAAAGAAAAGGAGAAGCUCAAAAAAGAAGAAAAAUCUCAGAAGGAAGAAAAAUCUAAAGCUGCUACACCUGGUACUGAGGCAAAACUGGCUGCAGAGAAGGAAAGAGAGAAGGAGCCCUCUAGAGAGCGAGAUUUGUUGAAGGAGUCUAAAAUAAAGGAAAGCUCUAAAGGUGGAGAUAAGACAGCCGUUGCUGGGUCCUUGAAGUCGCCUGUUCCCCGAUCUGACACAUCGGAGUCUGAGAGGGAACAAAAACGACGCAAAAUUGAUACGCAUUCUUCUCCAUCACAUUCCUCAGCAGUAAAGGACGGCCUCAUUGAAUUUAAGGAUUCUUCAACAAAGCACUACACAAACCACACUACACCACCAACAUCCAAGAGCAAAGAGAAAGAGGUAGAGAAGAAAGAGAUUGACAAAACGAGAGAAAGGUCUCGGGAAAGAGAGAAAAAGGAAGAAAAAGAAAGAAAAGAAAGGAAAAGGGAUCACUCAAACAGUGACCGCGAAUUGACCCAAGACCAGAAGAGACGCAAAGAAGAAAAUGGAACAAGUGGCUCCUCGAAACAUAGUAAAAGUGAGAGUCCAUCAGAUUCCCCACACUCAAAUGAAAAAGACAGAAACAAAUCUAAAUCUUCGAAUAAAGAAAAGGGGGAGCUUAUGAAAGACAAGAUGGAAAAAAGCUCUUCAAGCAGCAAAAAGGAAUCUAGACAUGACAAGGAAAAAUCUGAGAAGAAGGAGAAACGUGACAGCGCAGGAGGAAAGGAGGAAAAAAAACACCAUAAAUCUUCAGAUAAGCACAGAUAAUGAAUUCUGGUAGUAUCAAGAAGAUACUUCAGAUAUGGGAUCCUGCAGGCUGUGUCAGAAAAGGAAGAUGCCGAGCUGUGACCAUGUGUAUUUACUACAAUAUUAUUGCACAGAUAUUUGUCGAAGAAGAGGGCCCAUUUGCAUCUCCUUAAAUUAUUCAUUUAGUAGCAUUGUUUCUUUUUGUUUUUUUGUUUUCCUUUUUUGCACCCUCCAGUAUAUGUUCAAAUUGUUCAUUACUAUAUUUUACAUGUGUUGCUGAUUACAAUAUGCAUUUAUUUUCAGUACCUGACUGAAAGUGUUUUCCUAUUCCAUAAUUUUAAGCACAAUGUGCUGUAACAGAUAAUUGCCACCAUGCAAAUGAGGUUUGUGUUUGUGUGUACAGAGUUUCAAAGCGUCGUCACAAUACUGCCUGAAACUUAAACUUUAAUAAUUUGCAAUAUAAAAUGCGUUCUUUUUAAUUGAUGCAGCAAGAAAUAAACAAUUUAUUUGAUAUUUUUUGAACUUACCUCAUUUAAAUUCGGUUGUAUUUAUUACAUGGCCUUGUAAGUACUGCAGGAGCAAAGUUUUUCAUGGUAAUGAAUAAAAGCUGUUUGUAUAUUGUGUAUGACAUCCAGUAUCUGUUAAAGAACACACAAUUAAAAGAAACCCGUUUUUGUUUCCAAAAGUCCCUAACUGCAAUUCUGUUUUGUUGUAAUGUUUUUAAAUUAAAGCGAGAACAAUAUUUUCCCACGAGAAAUUAGGGUUCGGUUAUACAACUACAGGAGCUUUGUAUUGCCGAACAUUAGUCUAAAAAGUUUCAAAGACUUUUUUUAAAGGAAAUUUUUAACUGCUGAAUUCUACCAGUGUAAGCUUUUUUUUCUAAAUAAACAAUAGUUUUCUCA